AUGCCAAAGACCCAUUCGGACCCUGGCGAGCAGACGGAUAGCGCGUUGAUGUAUCUGGAAAAAGAAGCAGAUCAGGCUAGAAACAUAACUCAGGACAGCACGAAUCUCGCAUGUAUCGACCUGUGGGAGAAACGUAACCCGCAGAAUUGGUCAUUUCCAAGGCGACUCUUUCACACGGCAAUUCCGUGCUUGCUUGCCUUUCAAGUGACCUUUGGCACGUCCGUAACGGUGCCGGCAACACAGGCCAUCGGCGCCCACUUUCACGUUUCCCGGACGGCAUCCGUCCUGGUCGUUACCGUCUACACCAUCGGCGUGGCAUUUGGACCCCUCUUCUUCGCGCCACUAUCCGAAAUCACUGGCCGCCGUCGCCUCUACAUCGUCACCACCUUUUUCCUAUUGGCCUUUACCGCUGGGGCUGGCGCGAGCCACAACUUCUCCACCCUGUUGGUCUGUCGGUUCCUGGCAGCCUUUUUGGGCUCGGCGGGGGUGGCGGUCGGCGCGGGCACGGUGGUCGACGUGUGGGGAGUGGGCAAGAAGAGUGGCAUCGCAGGCAUGUUGUUCAUUCUCGGACCAUUUCUCGGCCCUUCCUUGGGCCCGCUAGCUGGCGCCUACAUCAUGCAUGACCGUAAGGGGGACUGGCGAUGGACUCAGUGGCUCUUGUGCUGCGUCGGGACGCCCAUUUGGAUUGGCACAUUCGUCAUGGGCGAGACGUCGAAAGAUCAAAUCUUGCGCAACGCCGAGAAAAAGCAGAAGACCGCCGGACCACUAAAUUCACCUUCGCAUAACCGUCUUUCCCGGGCCAGGUACGUUGUCGGAUUCUCCAUACUCCGUGCCGCGAAGAUGCUCUUUUCCGAGCCCAUCGUCUUCUGCCUCACGGUCUACAGUGCCUACGCCUACGCCAUGAUCUUCAGCUACUUUGGGAGCACCGCGUACGUGCUCCAAUUGAACUACGACUUUAACCCCCGCCAAGUUGGCCUCAGCCUGAUCAGCGUUAUCAUUGGCUUCUUCCUGGGCAGUGCCAUGUUUGGCACUUUUGACAAGACUCUCUACGCCCGGGCGACCGCAGGCUCGCCGGAGGGCAUGGCCGCGCCAGAGCAUCGACUGUAUUCCGCCCUAGUCGGCAGUUUUUUCCUCCCCGUCAGCCUGUUCUGGUAUGCAUGGGAAGCCCAUUCGGGUGGACACUGGGCUGCAUUAGUUGCUGCCGGGAUACCUUUUGGAUUCGGUGCACUUUCACUGUUUUUGUCGACCAUCACCUACCUCGUGGACGUCUAUGGGUCUCGAGGCGCCGCGUCAGCACUAUCUGCUAAUGGCACCCUUCGUUAUACACUAGGAGCCACUUUUCCACUCUUUACGGUCCAGAUGUACGAGAAACUUGGUGUCCACUGGGCUGGAAGUCUCUACGCCUUUCUUUCUCUGGUUUUAAUGCCCAUCCCUUGGCUACUGUUCCGGUACGGCCCUUACUUAAGGUCGAAAAGUCACUUCGAAACUUCAGUUGUAGGAAUGCAGAAGAUCGAUGCUCCGACAAUAUAG